AUGUCCUCCAAACUGAAGUCCAGCUUCAGCAAAAGCAGUAACGAUCCAUCCGAGGGAGACGAAAAAAAUGGAGACGCCGUGGUAACUCCGGAAAACAUAAGCAUGAAGAAGGUGCGAGCGGUACUAUACGAUGAGGCCAUAACGUAUAGCGAAAAUAACACCUACUAUAAGAUGUCUAACGUAUACAACUGCAACAGUAUGGAUUCUUACAUUGACUAUGUGAAGAGAUCUAACUACACGAGGAGCUACGAGCAGGAGAUGAUUUACAGCGAGGCCCUGAGCUUGUACAAUAAUCGUAACAUGUAUAUCCGGAAGAGGUACCAAAAUGCGUUUUACGUUAACAUAAAGAGGAGCUUGCGGCGGGGGAGGUACUUCGGGGACGACAACGAGGAGUUGCAGGGGGGAGAGGCGGGAAUAGAGGCGGGAAAAGAGGCGGGAAUAGAGGCUGGAAAAGAGACCGGAAAAGAGGCCGGCAAAGGGGCUGGCGUAGGGGGAGCGCCCGAACCGAUGGACUACACACAGGAAAGGAACCUAAACGAGUACCUCUACCGGGAGAGGAAAAAAGAGCAAGCCAUUUUGUUUAAGAAAAAGUAUUUGUGGAUGUUUGCCGAUGGGAGGUCUAGUGCCAAGGGGGCGAGGGACGCACAGCAGAGGAGGAGAAUGAUGUUGGGAGGAUUAACCCAUAACAGCGUUACAACAGGUGGAGUGGUAAAAAAAAAUGAUAGUUUGCUUUCCCAAAAUGGAGGAGACGUUGGUGUUCCCGUACCAACUCGUCGUGUAGAUAUACCUUCUGGGGGAAAUCGAUCGAGGACAAACAUACUGAGUGAUUUGCGCGAUCUGAACAGCAUGAGUGAUUCGAGCAACUUAUCACAAGAAGAAGGUACGAACUUCUUAGAGCAACUAAUUAAAUUAAGAUACACCCCGGAGUAUAUAUCUCAGCUAAGUGAUCUGUUCGAAAAUCCGAGUACACUGAAGAGAGCUAAUAUAAAGGUGUUGAAGUGGUUGGAUUAUCAAUUAAGUAAAGGGUACUGGUUGGAAAGGCUCUCUUUAUUCCUUCUCGGAUUAACUAUCGCAAUUGGAGUUGGAAACAUAGAGACGUUUUGGUCUUUGAUGUCUACCUGGCAUGGAAUAAUAUUUGUCCUCCCAUACAUCAUCUGUUACUGUUUCGUUUGUCAUCCCAUCCUUACAUUCGAGUUGUACAUAGGUCAGUUGAUUCGGACAUCCUCCCCCUUUAUUUUUUAUAGACUCCUCAAGCAGUGUGCAUCUGUUGGAUUCUUAAUGGUCCUAACGUGUCUAAUUAAUGGCUACAUAAAUACCUACAGGACCACUGCAGAGUACUUCAUAUAUCUAAUUAAUUCAUUUAAGAGAGACCUACCAUGGAAGCUGAACAAGAAAGAAAUAAAUUUUUGUACAAGUUUUAAAAAUGAUUUCAUAAAAUGUCACAAAUUCAGACCACUUUGUUUUUUCUCUAAAUCCAUCUCUUCCUGUGUUCCCAACAGCUUAGGAAAAGCUUUCCUAAUAUAUCAGAAUAAAUUUUUUCCUGCCAACUUUUUUUACGAUCACUUAUUGCACAUUGAUGAUGGAGAGAAUUUCGCUCAUGUUUUUUCUUCUGGCACUUCCUACAUCGACAAGGAUACAUUCAUCUUUCUUUUUGUGUGCAAUUUUUUUGUUACUAUUUUCCAGCUCCUGGGUUUGACUAACUUUGCUUUUUCCUCUGCCCUUGUGCUUCUCCUCAUUGGCUUCCUCUCCAUCACGCAGUUCGCUACCAUGUUUAAUUUGUCCAGCGCCACGCAGGCCUACGUCUACGUCCUCAAGUCGUGGAAGUUCUCCUACUUGUACACCUACUCGUCUAUCUGGUCUCAGUGCGUCUCCUUCGCACUCUACGAGCUGUCUAUCGGGAUGGGGAUCUACGCGUCCCUCGCGACGAAGACCAGAAUCGGAACCAACUUGGCCUUCGACGGAUACGCAAUCACCACGUGGAACUCCAUCAUCUCCUCCCUCAUGUUCUUUUCAGCAGUUGCCGUCAUCGGCUUCAUCGCGAACAGCAUCAACUCCAACUUCGUGGACAUGCUGGAGUUUUCGAGAAAGGAUUGCUCCUUCAUUCUCUUCCCCGUGGGGUUCACGUACCUGCAGAGGAUGGAGAAAACCCUGUGCAUGCUCUACUACGGGUCCUACACCAUCCUGUCAUGUGCCUCGCUAGCCAUACAGUGUGAAGUCCUAGUCACGACCAUACGGAACUUCAAAUUCUCCAGAAACGUUAAGAAGCGGACCAUCAUUUUAACUCUCUCCUUCUUCUUUUUCCUAUCUUCCUUUUUCAUCUCCAACAAAAAUACGAAAAACAUCCUCUGGUUUUUGUCCCUUACGAUAUCGGAAAAUGCGCGCGUCUUCGUCUCUCUUUUAAUAUGUAUCAUUUUGGGUUGGCUGUACAACAUCGAUUAUCAGUAUCGCCGUCUGACCAGGAGGAGCGUCCUCUCAUUCAACUUGACCUACUGGGCAUUGAACAUCUCCGUCAGCGUCCUCUUUAACUACCUGCCCUACCACGUGUACGUCCUCUACAUUGUGAGGGUAGGUAUAUUCGUGAUGAGCACCCUGGUUGCCAUCUACGUGUUGAAGAAGGAAAUAAAAACGAACAAGGGGAACAAGAAGAAAAAUUUGAGUAAUCUUACUUACAAGCAAACCCUCUACAUCCUCUACAUCGGAAACAUCGAAGAGCUGCGGAAGGAGCUACAACGAAUCAUUAGCGGAAACGUUUUCAUGGGAAAUAUUUCCAUGGCUUGGUCCGUGUGCAUCAAGUACAUCGCGACGUCCAUUUUGCUUUCUGCUUUUAUUGAGUUUGCAGAUGGGGUGUUUUAUAGCAACGAGUUGAAGGAAAAGAUGCAGUUCAUUCCCAAGGGGUGGAUCAUCUUCGCGAUUCUCUUCUGGGUGUUCACUCUGCUGCUGCUGGUCUUCUUCCCGCUGUGCAUCACGGCUUUCGAAAAGUGGUGCGCCCACGAGGACUACUUCGCGGACUUCUCCCUCCUCCCCUCGAAGCCCCUCAGGGAGAUCCACAACUUCAGCAUCCUCUCCUACUUCUGCGAAUUUAUGGACACGGAAACCAAAAAGGGGAAGAGGCGCACCCAGAAGGUUGCCAUGGAGUAG